GUGUUGACUUUACGGGUGAAAAAUUGGAGUAUUUUAAACAAAACAUUUUAAUUCAUUUUAAAGUAUGCACUACGAAAUCUCGUUGCUAUAGAAAACAAAAUUAAUGCGAUUAACGUAUGGAUAUGUAUAUAUAUAUAAACAGUUAUGAGGGUGAAUUGUAAUAUCGAAAGCGCAUAAAGACAAGAUAUGGCUGUAACUGAAAAGGAAAGACAGAAAUCACUAGCGGAUCUUGGUUGCUAUGGUUUUUUGUUUGCGAUUUGCUUCAUUGCAUUUACUAUUUGCGGGAUAAUUCUGGCCAUCUUCUUGUCUAAAGAUCCAGAUUGGGAUAUAAGUGCCUGGUACCAAAUUUUUUAUGGCACUUUUACACUAGCUCUGUGUUCAUUAGCGCUUGCAGUUAUAACGUUUUGUUGUAUCAAUAAACACGAGAAAAAAGGUCGACGUGAUGAAGUUAGUAAAUGGGUGAAUCAUUUGGUGAUUGUGUUGUGGAUCUCGUUUGUAGCAAUAUUUCCGUCAUGCGCGUUUCUCGGAGGAUUUAUUUCAGAAUCGAACGUGUUCAGUUGUAUUAGAAAUGUGACAAUUCCGGAGGGUGAAGUUCGACUCAGUCUUUGUUCAAGCAUUUAUAAAUCUUCAACCAUAGCUUGUACAGUUUUCUUCGUAGUAUUUUUCUAUUCGAUUGCACAAAGUUGUGCCCACAGGAAGGAAAAACUCCUUCAAACGACAAUAGAACGUUCCAAUAAAUCAAGACCUCCCAAAAUAACACUUGAUAAAUCCAGAAAUCAACUUGCACCAAUACCAAGACCGCCAAAACUGACAAAACGAUACAGUGCAGAUGCUAUACUUUUACGACGAAAUCCUGAUGAACGAACGACAAAACAUAGAAACACUGGUAAAAUGGCAAAAUUAAAAGCACUGCCUACACAGCUGAAAUUCAUCAAUCUUGCAAAGAUAAGGAAGAAUCAAAUAUCCGAUCAUCAGGAAACAAUAUCUACAAUUCAAAGUUCUAAAUCGUCUACCGUUGACGGUAGACCGGUUCGGACGAACACUUGGUCUUUUUUAAGGAAAAAUUACAAACAAGCACGUGACCUUAAUCAGCCGUAUACCUUUGAAGACACCGACGAUAAUUAUGACUUAGAGAAUUUGUAUAGCACGUAUGGCGAUGUACAUAAUACAGGGCCGCCAUUGGCACUAAUGUCAGCGGAACAUGUACAAUCACAAGCAAACGGAAACCUGUAUAAUAGUUCAAGGCAACCACCUUUAUAUCGAUUCAAAUCUGUAACCGAGAUACCAGACGGAACUCCACCUUCUUACGAAGAGGCUUGCUACCCACGUUAUUGAUAAAUGCAUGGAAUUUCAGAGUCGUCACCUUGCAGAUUAACCAAUUAAAUAGACUUAAACAGUUAUGCAUACAAACAUCAACUAAUUCCAUGGCAAAAACUAGACAGAAAGUCAAUUCCUACAAUUACUACCAUGAACAUGCGCAGUAAACAUCACGGUGACUGGAGAAUGUCAAAUAGCUUAAACAAAAUACCUAUUAACAAUAGUAAAUAUUCAAUAAUAUUCGAGUCAGUAUUAUUAUCAGCUUAUGAAUGUCAUUUUUGUUGCAUUUUACAACAACAAAAAUAUGUUUUCCAAUAUAAAUACCUCAUGAAGAUGUGAUAUUUUUUUUUAUAAUUCUGAAUUAAAGUUUUAAUUGUU